UCUGUGAGACAGUCAGCUCAAGACUCAAAGGUGUGAUCACUGUAACCAUGCUGAAGGUAGCACUUGUGCUUGGAUGCCUCCUGAGCCUCGCUCUGGCUCAUCCUGUGGAGCGCAAACGAGUUGCUCGGUCUAGCUCUAACUCUGGCUCGUAUUCUCAUGAGGUUUUCAGACCAUGGCCUAGGCCAGUGCCAGUGCCUAGGCCUGUGCCUAGGCCAGUGCCAAUUCCAGUGCCAGUGCCUAGGCCUGUGCCUAAGCCAGUGCCAAUUCCAGUGCCAGUGCCUAGGCCAGUGCCACUGCCAAUACCUGUGCCAGUGCCGGCCCCGGCCCCCCCUGCCCCCCCUGCCCCUCCGGCCCUCCCGGCGUUUGUCAAGAACCUUCUUGAUGCCCUCACCAAACUAGUAGCUCCCUCUGCCCCCGCAGCCCCCCCAGCCCCUCCGGCCCUCCCGGCGUUUGUCAAGAACCUUCUUGAUGCCCUCACCAAACUAGUAGCUCCCCUUGCCCCCCCAGCCCCUCCGGCACCGCCGGCCCCUCCAGCACCCCCAGUCCCUCCGGCCCCCCCGGCCAUCCCAGAUUUGAUCAAGGACAUUUUUGAUUUCUUGACCAGCCUAGCAGCUCCACCUACUCCUCCUAAAAAGUAA